AUAAAUUACCGGGAAGCGUUAAUGUAACCGCAAUCACUAAUGCAACACUUACACCUGAUCCUGUAAAACCAAAUGAGACUGUCAAGGUUGUCGGUUCAACAAAAUUACUUGUUGAUACGACUGAUGAAGCAUUAUUUACUGUUGAAUUUUAUGAUUCAAAUAAUGAACCCAUAGAAGGAGGUGGAGGCUUUACAGAAAAUCUUUGUACCCCUCAAUGUCCAACUAAUUACUAUCAGAUAGAUUUUACAACAAAAGCACCUCCCAAAUUGCCUUCAAAUUACUCUAUUGUAAUUGCAGUUUCAGGAAAUAAAGUUCCACAUAAAGUUAUAACAGCUUGUGGUUUCGCUUCUGUUUCAUCUGGCUAG